GCUCGCUCUACACUGGCGUAGAUGCGACUAGUGUGACCGAGGCACAGACGAGUUAUAAAUGGUCAUUUGCGUCGAAGCGCUCGCGUGCAGAUGACGAUGCACUCCGUGCUGUGCGUCAAGAAGUGGGGGCCGCAACAGAUGGCCGCGAAUCUGCUACUAAUUCAGCGCCUGGGUCAAGCCGCGUCCGGGGACCCACGCUCCCAUCGUCCGCCGACCUCGUUUACGCUCGCGAACUAGAACGCGAGAAUGAUGAUCGGGAUCGCGGUCUGAAGCGAAAGCGGGAUCGAGCAGACGCCAAGGACCGGGUCGAAGACAUGGUAGGCCCGAAAGAAGUUGGGCGGGAAGGCAUGCUGGAAAAGAAACGGGCGAAACGAGAAUCUGAUCGAGCGUUCCGUGAUAAAGCUGAUGAGGGAUUGGAGGCAGACGAAUCGGUUCUGAUUGGCAGCGGCGACAGUUUCAAAGACCAAAUUGCUCGCCGAGAUGCCGCACGUAAACGGCACGAAGCAGCCCGGGAAGAGAAGAUAUCAGCUUCACGAGAACGAACUCAAGCUUUGAGGGACAGGGAAGACAAAACGAUGGCCAUGUUCCAAGCCCUUGCGAAGCAGCGAUAUGGUUGAGAUGGUAUGGUGUGGUAUUACAUGGUAUGGCAUGACAAGACACAUGUGUGAUAGUACGAACGCGAGAUAUGCGGCGCAUAGAAUGGUGGCACGAUGUCGUACAGGUUUGCUAUUCCUAUCGUCCCCAUGCACGAUCUUCAGGAUCCAGCAUCUCAGGCUACCCGCAGCAGUCAGCUGGCCGUCAUUGGCAACGCCCGUAAAUCAUCACGUACUUCUCGCCCCCUGGGAUUGCUUGCAGGCGCCUUUCGUUUCCCCAGAGUCAGGAAUCUGAGCGUCGACUUGGAUGAAUUUCGUGCUGGUGUGUACGGUGGUGGUGGUGCUACAGCCUGG